GGUGUUGUUUCAGCAGCAGAAAUGAGCCACACAGGAAGAGACUGUUGUUCACAAUCAGCAAGACAUUAUGGAGGUCAGAGCCCUCUGCAUCAAACUCAUAAUGAGUGUGAUGAUCCCGUUUUGUGCACAUGAUCAGAGCGUUGGUAAGUACUGGCUAGUUAAACUGACAUUAACAUUUAUCAGUUAUAUCAGUUUGAGAUUUCUUAUUUUACCCUGUGCUCCCACAUUUCAGUUAUUGAAAAAUAAAACUAAUGUGAAUCUUUUAUUUUGUCUCAGAUGCAGUUUUUCUUCAUGUUGUUCCAAACAGAUCACAGUUCUUUGAAUAUGAGCCAGUAACCUUUUACUGUGAGGGCGUCUCUCAUUAUAAUGGUGUACAUAAGUUGAGAGGGAAAAUGAAAUCAUGCAGCUACACUAAUGAGAAAACAGCAACAGGAUCGUCCUGCUCUAUAAAAAAUAUUUAUGCAGACGACAGUGGAGAGUUCAUAUGUGAGACUGAAGGAGGGGAGAAAAGCAACAUUAUCAACAUCACUGUUGCUGCUGGUUCUGUGAUCCUGGAGAGUCCUGCUGUUCCUGUGAUGGAGGGAGAAGCUGUGACUCUGAGCUGCAGAAGCAAGACAACUUCCUCCAACUUCAAAGCUGAGUUCUACAAAGAUGGACAUCACAUCAGGAGCAGCUCCACAGGAAACAUGACCAUCGGCAGAGUUUCAAAGUCUGAUGAAGGACUUUACAAAUGCAGCAUUUCAGGAGCUGGAGAGUCACCAGUGAACUGGCUGACUGUCACAGCCAAUCACACAGAAACUGAGACAGACCCCUCCUCAGAGGCUGGAUGUCAUAUUUACCUCAUCUUACGGACCGUGUUCACAAUCAUGAUGGUGGCUCUUCUACUGCUGCUCGUGGGACUUGUGGGAAAAAUCAGAGCAACUAAUUGUUCACCCGGAUGUAAAUGUAACUGUCAUGAUACUGGAAACUGUGCAGCAUAUGUGUAGCACAAAUAGACAAUAGAAGGUUUAAAGAAAUAGACAUUUUUGAAAAAAUGCCUGUAAAAUCCCACCAUAACUCUGAUAAACAUCUCUGAAAUACCCGCGCCAUUGCUUCUUCUGUAUAAAAGACUGUGGUGUAUUUGAAGAAAAAAAAAUAUUGUAAAUAUCUGCAAACAUCUGCAAAUUCCACCACUUUGUAUUGCGUUUGUGGUUGUAGGUGACCGGCAACUUAAUUGUACUGAAAUAUUUCUUUCAAACAUCAAGUGUAUUUUGUUUAUUAUAAUUUAUUUCUUACAAAUAUCCUGUUGUGCUGAGCAUGAUAUGUGUUGUAAAUAUUAAUAUUAAAUAGUCACAGACUGCAAAGCUAUUCAUCUCUUAAAUUUCUUGUUAUUUGUCUCCUGUAAAAAACCCACUAUCCGACAGUAAAAGUUUGAAAACAAGUAAAUAUGUUUAAAAAUGUUCACUGCAAGUAAAAAAUUUAAGGCUGCUCCCUGCUCUGAAGUAUUGGUUUGCAUUUUUACCUCUGUUUAAUGAACUCACAUCACCACAAACAGUUGUGAUGUUGUUAUUCUUGUCUUCAGUUUAAAAUAAGUGUAUUCACUGGUAACCACAAAGAGCGUCAUUGCAGGUGUGUAGCUAUAUUCGGGGGGUUUUUUCUUUAGCUUUAUUGUUCCUGUUGUAUAUACUCCCUCUUCAGCACUUAUUGAGCCCUUUUAAGGACAUUUCUUAUCACUGCUAUGCAGAUGAUAUUCAGUUAUAUAUCUCCUUUAAGCCUCAAGAUGUUUCCAAACUACAGAUUGUCCAUAUGUGCAUGGACUCCAUUAGAGGUUGGAUGACUUUCUUGAAGUCCUUGUUUGUGCUCCUAAUUUUUUUUUUUUUUGUACCUACGGCUAUGGAAAACUUAAGUCCAGUUGCUACAUUUGCCAAAUCUUCUAUCAGGAACCGUAGUGUAACGUUUGACUCAGCUCUGACUUUGGAUGCUCAUGUUAAAUCUCUGGUCUGCUCCUGUUUUUAUCACUUGAGAAAUAUUGCUAAGCUGAGUUCCAUUGUAUCAGCUGCAUUGUAUUGGAAAUUGUCAUGCAUGCAUUUGUCUCAUCUCGUCUGGAUUAUUGUAAUUCUUUGUUCACUUGUUUAUGUAAAGCCUCUUUGGAGCAUCUGCAAGUUGUUCAGAACACUGCUGCAAAGCUUCUGCCCAAGUCUUCUAAGUACUCCCAUGCCUUGUGACUCUGACAUUAAGGGCUCUGCAUGGACAAGCACCAACAUACAUCAGUGAUCUUUUCCAUCCUUACAUCCCCAGCAGGUCCCUGAGGUCAUGUGAUCAGAGCUUGCUGGUUGUCCACCAUAUGAGGCUGAAAACAAAAGGCAACAGAGCUUUUGUAACUGUGGCCCCCAGACUGUGGAACUCUCUCCCUUUGAGCCUGAGAUCUGUGGACUCAGUGGUCUCUUUUAAAAAAACUGCU